GGCGGUUAGGGGACGCUGUGGUGGAAGCCUUGCAAUCGGUUUCUCGGCGACCUGCUGUGCAAGGCACGCGACAGCCGGCACUGACUGCAAGGACCGCGCUGCGGCCGUUUUCACAAGUCACUGGAUGAUGAACGGCCGGCUGCACCUGGUCACCUGGAACGUGGGCACCGCGCAGCCCCCCGGCGAGGUGGCCGCCCUGCUUGGCCUCGGCGCCCCGGAGCCGCCCGUGGACCUCUACGCCAUCGGUUUACAGGAGGUGAACUCCCGGAUCCUGAGCUUCCUCUCCGACCUGGCCUUCGAGGACCCCUGGACGGCCUCCCUGACGGCAGCGCUCGCCCCGCUGGGCUACGUCCGGGUGUCUUCCAUCCGCAUGCAGGGCAUCCUCCUGCUCCUCUUCGCCAAGCAAGCCCACCUGCCCUUCAUCUGGGGUGUGCGGAGCCAGUUUACCCGCACCGGCCUGCACGGCUACUGGGGCAACAAGGGAGGGGUCUCCAUCCGCCUGUCUCUCUAUGGCCACUCGGUCUGCUUCCUGAACUGCCACUUGCCAGCCCACCAGGAGAACGCCAAGCAGCGCCUGGAUGACUUUGAGCACAUCCUGGAGAUGCAGCACUUCGAAGAGAAGAAAUUCCCCUCCGCCCUGGACCACGAGCUCCUCUUCUGGUUUGGUGAUCUGAACUUCCGGAUCGAGGACUAUGGGCUGCAUUUUAUCCGAGAAUCAAUCAGCAGCAGUCGCUUCAACCUUCUCUGGGAGAAGGACCAGUUAAACAUGGCCAAGAAGAAGAUGUUCUUCCUCCAGGAGUUCUCAGAAGGUCCCCUGAAGUUCAAACCCACCUACAAGUUUGACCUGCACUCGGAUGAGUAUGACACCAGUGAGAAGAAACGGAAGCCCGCUUGGACUGAUCGGAUCCUCUGGAGAGUGAAAUGUCUUCCGUGCUCCGAGCCGAAGGAGGAGCCCAGGGAGGGAGGGGUUUCCCUGUCUCUGGGCAGCUACACCAGCCACAUGGACUACAACAUCAGCGAUCACAAGCCGGUCACUGGCACCUUUGAGCUGAAGGUGCAGCCCCUGCAGAUGGAGCCCCUGGUUGUGCUCUGCCCGGUGGGCACCUGGAGUGCUGAGCAGGACGCCACGGUCAGCUACGUCACCGCUCCAGAAUUCACCAGCAGCGCCUGGGACUGGAUUGGUCUCUACAGGGUGUCCUUCCGACAUGUGAAUGACUACGUCACGUACGUUUGGGUGCAGGACAAUGAAAUUUCCUCCGAGGACGGGGCCAAGCAGGUUUAUCUCGGGGCCGAGGGCCUCCCAAAACUGGGGGGAGAAUUCCUCUUGGGGUACUACAGCAACGCGCUGCGGUCCCUCGUGGGCCUUAGCCAGCCGGUCCAGGUCCAGCCAAGCUCAAAGUCAGCUGAGCAGCAGGCGGGCUGGCCAGUGGCCAGCAGUGCAGAACGCCUUCCUUGUGAGAGGCCGCCCUGUGACUUCUGAGGUCCCUGCUUCAGCACCUCCAUGUGCAUCGUGAGGCACUCCAGGCUCAGCCUCCAGAGUGGCCUGGCUCGGCUUGCUGCACCUCUGAAGAGCCCUGCCUCCCUUUGGCACAGAAGAGCCGGGAUGGAGCCAGUUUCCCAGCAGGGACGUCUGUGUCGUUAUGCCACGGCCGAUGGCUGCUGCCCCAUUUUCCUAGUGCCUCUUAGGAUCUGUGCGCUUCACUGCAACGUUAAGGAGUUGCUGCUGGCACUUAUUUGAAAACUGGGAUUGUAGGAUUUUUAUGAAAUGUAAACCUUUUAGAACUGAAAUACAUUUUACUGUAGCUGGAAAGAAAACGCAAA